UUCUACAAGUUCUAAUAUUGAAAUUGACCAUGUUAAUUUUGAGUCUGACAAAUAUUUAGAUAAUGAGUUUGAUGAUCAAUCAGAUUAUGGAUUUAAAGAACAGAUAGAACUUUAUAAAAAACAACCAUUUAAUACUGUUGAUGAAGUUUAUGCUACAAUUGAGGCUUUCACACAUUCAAAUGGGUUUAGAAUUAGAAAGAAUCGAGUUGAAAAAGACACAAGUAAUAAUCGUGAAAUUUCAAAAAUAUUCCUAUGCUGCUAUACUGGAAAGCUGUUAAAAGAAAAAAAAUUAUAUAAAACAAAAGAAUCUGAAUUAUGUAGAACAGACUAUAAAUGA